AAAAAUUCCAAGCGGCCCGCGCAACACCAUCAACUUCGUCGUCGUCAAUCCCACGUAGUCGAACCAGCCGUCAAAAUGAGCGCCCAGGCCCUUAACAAGAUCGCUCCCAACAGCCCUUCGAGGCAGAACCCCUCCGAGCUUGAGACCAGCAUCGCUCAGGCUCUCUUCGACCUCGAGUCCAACACCUCCGACCUCAAGGUUGCCCUGCGACCUCUGCAGAUCGUCUCUGCCCGUGAGAUCGAGGUUGGCCACGGCAAGAAGGCUAUUGUCAUCUUUGUCCCCGUCCCUUCCCUGCAGGGCUUCCACCGCGUCCAGCAGCGUCUCACCCGUGAGCUCGAGAAGAAGUUCUCUGACCGCCAUGUCCUGAUCCUCGCUUCUCGCCGCAUCUUGCCCCGCCCCAAGCGAUCCGCCCGCUCUCGCAACACCCAGAAGCAGAAGCGCCCCCGUUCGCGAACUCUCACUGCUGUCCACGACGCCAUCCUCGAGGAUCUCACCUACCCCGUCGAGAUCGUCGGCAAGCGCGUCCGCACCAAGGAGGACGGCUCCAAGCUCCUCAAGGUCAUCCUCGACGAGAAGGAGCGUGGUGGCGUUGACUACCGCCUCGACACCUACUCUGAGGUCUACCGACGUUUGACAGGCCGCAACGUCAACUUCGAGUUCCCUCAGAGCGGUCCCGCCGACUACUAAGUCUGUGCGUUACCUUUUUCGAGAUGAAAUAGAAGAAAUGACUAUUUUUCCCUGAUUCGGGCUGGGAGUGUUUUUCACAAAUGGUUGGUUGGUCAAAAAAGGGGCUUGGCGUCUUAAAGAAAGUAGCUUGAUAAAUGUUACAAGCAAGCUGCGUAUGAUUUGACAAGACAACUUAAACACUUCUUCCCGUCCA